UACCUCAGCCUCGAACAAUACUUCAGAAGACACUCCCUUGAACAGUACCUCAGAAGACACUCCCUUUAACAGCAUUUUGAAAGACAUCCCCUCAACAUGCGAAAUUCCUUCAUGUUUCGAAGGUUUAGAAGAACAGUGGGCAGAUCUCAAUAAAAACGGAAGAGAUUUUCGAAAAGAAAUCUGGUUCAAGACACAUAUUGAUCAAGCAAAAAAGGAAAAUAUCACUCCUUUGGAGCAUCUUGCAGACUUUUUAAGAAGAGCAUACCAAGAAGAAGAGGAAGAUUUACGGGAAGAGGUUCUAUCUGAAGAGGACAACGAAGAUUCUAACUACCAAGAGUUUGAAUUAUGUCUCACCGACGAAUCAUCAUCGGACGAGGACCCCAUCGACAGAUAA